CAAAUUGCAAGAAUAACCAAGUGAAAGCCCAAAAAUGGUGGCAAACAAAAAAGUGUAGGAAGCCAAACCAUCCACAAACAAGCAACCGUAAACAAUGAGAUUUCCCAUCGCAAACUUUCCCCAAAAUUCAUUCUUUUUAUAUUCUUUUUUCAGAUAACAAAUGCAAAAUUCAAAUAUAGAAAUAUUCUAAUUUCAGUGUAAAAGGAAUUCUUAUUUUGUCUUCAAUUUAAUUUGGUUUGUACUUCACUAUUUAACAUAAUAAUCGAAGAAGUAGUAGUAGUAUUUUCUGGGCAAAGAAACUAAGGAAAAGAUGGAGUAUGGAUGAUGAAGAAGAUUACCCACAAAUUCCAAACAAUACCUUGCUUCAUUGAUUUUGGUCCCAUAAAUUUUUAACUUAAAAAACUAAGGAAAUUCAUGAAGAAACCAUCGCUUGGUGAAUUUGUAUAUUAAAAUUGAAGAUUUUGAUGGAGAAGAUGUGCUAGAAUUGGUGGUUGGAGAAAGAUAUUUUCAGUUCUAAAAUUACUUUCCUAGAGAAAAAAUAGAGAGUGUGUUGAUCAAUUGGUGUUGCAAUUGAGUUGGGGUUGAGCUCAAAUUGUGAAGGUGUUUAUGAGAGUGAAAUGUAUUUGCAAUAAGGAGUUUAUACAACAAGUGUAGGGCAUGGAGACAGAGCUAUCAUCUGACAGGAUGGACGUGAAUGGUGGGUCUUUCCCCAGAAAACUAGCACAAUGUAGGAUUUGUCAUGACGAAGAUGAACCGUCGAAGAUGGAAGCACCGUGUGCUUGUUGCGGUAGUUUGAAGUAUGCUCACCGAAGAUGUGUACAGAUGUGGUGCAACCAAAAGGGCAACACUGUUUGUGAGAUCUGCCAGCAGCAAUUUAUGCCCGGAUAUACUGUGCCGCCCCCUAGAUUGCCUUUUGCUGUCAUUCCAGUGCCUUUGAGGGAACCUUGGGAGUAUGCAAGAAGUAAUCAAUAUAAUCAUCCAUCAAUAGUUGCGGCUCAAACUUUUUUUGAUCAUAGACUUGACGACUAUACAGCUCCCACUGCAAGCAUAAUUUGUUGCCGGAUAAUUACCAUAAUAUUUAUUGUUCUGGUCGUUGUACGCCAUACUCUUCCUGUUGUACUUAAUGGGGCUGGAGACUACUCUUUUACCUUAUACAUGUUAUUGAUGCUGAGGACCAUUGGGGUUCUGCUGCCAAUGUUUGUCAUGCUUAAAGCAUGCAGUAUUAUUCGCCAUCAUCGGAGGCACCGACAGAUACCUGCUGUAUUAUAUCAUGGGACCUCAGAUGAAGAAAAUGAGCUAGUGCAGCCGGAGAUUGCAGCUCAUAUUAUUCGUAUUCAGUAACUUCCACCAUCAUACAAGAUUACAACCUUCACGGUGGCCACUUAUGACCGUUCCGAACUCAGACACACUCAAUCGAUGCCAAACGAAACGAAUGAAUAAUCUUUUGUCAAAUAAGCGAACUGUAUAUAUCAUUGAAGUAGGGAUUGGAUUGACAAAAGAGUGCUCUGUUGUGGAAGUCAUAGAUGAAAGGAUAAUCUCAUGUCAGCAACAUAUGAAUGAUUUCAUCUGAGGGAAAUAGUGUCUCAGGUUCUGCAGAUGUACAUUGUAGUCUCUGUAAAUAAAAUCUCAGUUAUUAGGAGAGUAUUGAUAUAACAAGCUCUUGAAUGUCAGAUCUUUAUAGACUAA